AUGGAAACUGUCACAUCAGCUCCAUUGCUCAGCGACGGUAAGGAAUUAACAACGAAGUCAAGAAACACGAGAAGGAAAGAUGGAAGAAAACUUACAACUAAAAACUUAAAACAUCGUAAUUAUAAAUUAUUUGCGGAAGCAGCUAAAGAGUGGAAUAAUUCUUGUAGUUCGAUAGCUUGGGAGGGUGGUUCUGGUUUUGAACAGAAUUAUAAUUCAUCUUAUCAGAGUUUUAAAUUAUCUGUCCACCAACUGAAAACAUCGCUAGCUUCAAUGUCGAUGAAAGUAAUCAAUUCAUCAGCAGUGAAAGGCUGGGAGCGCUUCCACAACGAAUCUUAUAAAUUUUUGCCGACGAAACCAACUGUGAUUCACCAUAAAGCUCAUAAGAAUGAAUUUUAUCAAGAAAUAAUAGUUAUUAAAAAAGACUGA